AUGAAGAUUUUUUAUACUUUGGUAGUGUUGUGCACUAUCGCAUCGGUCGGUCUUGCUGACUUUUCACAAACAGAGAAAGAUACUCUCCUAAACUCAAUUAAUAGCGCCAGAGGAUCGGUUACACCAUUCCCAGUGACCACUCAACCGUACUACAGAUUGGCAUGGAAUGACGAGCUUGCCAACAACUCUGCAGUUGCCGCAGCUUUCUGUGGUAGCCAAUGGAUGUCUGAUAGAGGUUCUGCCGGUGUCUACGGUGAGAACGUUUUCUACUACUACAGUGAGCCAAGCGCCGCCACUGUUUUCAACUCAAUGACUGCCGCCAGAGGUAGCUACAACUUUGACGACAACAGCUGUCAAGACGGUUACGACUGUAUGGCCUACACCAACAUGAUCUGGGGUGCCACCACUCAAGUCGGAUGCUCCAAGUUCAACUGUAUCUCCACCGGUGCCAACAACUGGAAGGUCGUCUGUGACUACUUCCCAGCCGGUUCAUACCCAGGUGUCCAGCCAUACACUGCCCAACAACACAGUUCUACCUCGCAAUUGUCUACCUCCAACUUCAACGGUUUGCUCAAAUUCAAGUCCAACAAGAUGGCCGCCGAAGAAGGUGAAGAACAACAACUCGAAGACCCAGAUGUCGACGCCGUCAAGGUACCAGGAUCCGGAAACUUUGAUUGGAGACGUGAAGGUGUUGUCCCAAUUCCAGAAGACUCAAGAGACUGCUCAUGCUCAUUCGCCUACACUGCCGUCGGUAUCAUGCAAUCGCGUGUCGCCAUGAAGAAGGGUACUCGUCCAAAUCUCUCCAAACAACAAAUCCUCGACUGUUCAAGUGCUGGCAACAACAACUACUGUACCGGUGGAAACCUCAAUGACGCUCUCCUCUACAUCCGUGACCAAGGUCUCAUGAAGGAAACUGACUACCCAUACGUCGGAGCCGCUGGACUCGGUAACAGAACCUGCACUUACGACGGAAACAAGGUCGUCGUCAAGGGAGGUUGGGUUCGUUUCUCUGAGGCCAACAAGCAAGACAUCAUCGGAAAGUGCCGUAAGUACGGUCCAGUCGGUGUUGCCAUGCAAGCCAACCCAGAUUUCUAUGACUACCGUACCGGUAUCUUCCGUUGUGCCGCUCCAGUCGGUGCCAACACCAACCACUCUGUAUUGUUGGUCGGAUACAACCAAGACCAAGACUACUAUAUCAUCCGUAACAACUGGGGAACUCAAUGGGGUGAGAAUGGUUUCGCCAAGAUCUCUGCCGUCAGUGGUGAGGAUUGCGGUAUUGGUUCAAACAGAGCCGGUUCCAUUGACACUGUUGAUGUCUAA